AUGAAAGCCUCCCUCAAAUUCCGCGACGAGCAGAAGCCGCUGUUCCGAGCCAAGGUCCCGCUGAGCAUUCUGGGCUUGCCUUUCCAGUCCGGAAUCGUCGCCGGGGAGGCCAAGGAGCUCUCCCUCAACCUCUCGACGUUCUUCGAUUCCGGCCCGUCCUUCAAGGUCGCCUACCGCCCCAACGAUUCGUGGAAUCCGUUCUCCCUCGUGCUCAAGACGGGGUCCGGGUCGUUCGGCUCGCCGACGUCGAGCCCGAUGGUGAUGAGCGCGGAGUUCAAUUUGGUCGGGAAGGGGAACCCUAGCUUCAUGCUUCAUUUCAAGCCCAGGUUUGGGGAUUUCUCGAUCAAGAAGUCGCAGGCGUCGUCGGGCUUGGAGAAGAGUAUGAAGUCGUGGCAGAACGGCGUCGCUGUGAGCUCUUCGUCGGACGAGGAUGGGUCGCUGGAGGUUGUGGAGAAGCCCGUGUUGAACGGGAUUGGAGCCGGCGGAGGGAUCGACAUCGGCGGGGUAGGGUUCAACGCCAAGAGGUUUUCCGCCCUGCCUCCGCCGACGUCGAACGCGCUCGCGGCGGCUCUAUCUGGAGUGGAAGUCACGGCCAACACGAGUCUCCCCGUGAGGAGUCACGCCGUGAUGAGUUUCAGGUGGGGGCUUAGGGUUCCGGCGGACAACAAAUUAGGGGGUAGAGUAGCUGGAGACCUCGAUUCGAUGGCUGCCGCGAUCAAUUUCAAGAGGAUCCCUUUCCUGGUGAUGAACAAGAUCGGGAUCGAACACGUCGCCCAAUCUGCUUCGAAAUCCGAACCGGCGGCGAACAGCGAACCUAAGCCGGACGUGGCGGAAACUUGCUUGGCGGUGAAGCGGCAGUUGGACAUUCUGCAGAUGGAGAAUACGUCCCUGAAGAAGGCCAUGGAUGAUCUGAGGCGCGAGAUUGGCGCCAGCAAAUUCCUUGUGCCAUCAUCACCAACCCAUGAUUCUAGCUUCAGCAGCAGCAGCAGCAGCAGGUACAGAGAGCCGGAGAGAAUGGGAGCUAGGAACUCCGGCGGGAACCGAAAUGAGAAGAGGAGUUCCUCGGUGGAAGGCGAUGUGAGCGAGGAGCUGAAGAAAGCUCUGAAAGGAGCUGCUGCAGCAGGAGGCGGUGGUGCUUGA